UCAGCAGGAAACAGCUUUUCCUCCCGGAUAGUUGCGCUCUUUUCCGCUCGCUCAAUGCUACUCUCCGUUCAGAACCCGCGGAAGCCAGCGAGAAGGAAAAAUGCCUCCUUCUAUAACCGAGAAAGCGUCUCUUAAACUCUUUUACACCGUAUUUUUGACGGCUCUCCAAGCGCGCACGAUCGGUGCUCUUCAGAUUCAACAGGCGUUUGCGUCUCCAAACGCCACUAAUAACUUCGUAGUGGACGCGGUUUCAGGUAGGGUUUACCUGGCCUCAGUGAAUAGCCUGUACCAGCUAAACGCGACGCUCGCGCUAGAGGUGGAGACGCGAACCGGACCCGUGCGCGACAACCCGCUUUGCCAUGCGCCGCAGCUUCCGCAGGCGAUGUGCGAGUACGAAAAGGUGUUCACCGACAACCACAACAAGCUUCUUGCGCUGGACCGCGAGCAGGGCGUUCUGGUUACGUGCGGUUCGGUGUACCAGGGCUUUUGUGAGCUGCGAAGUAUGGAGAACGCGUCCCGAGUUGCAGUCACGUUCCCACAGGAAGGGUCCACCGUGUUCCCCAGCAUGCUCAAUAUCGUCGCCAACCACGAGAACGCGAGCACCGUUGGGCUUAUCUUUCGGAGUCACGGCGGAGCGCCGCGGCUGCUAGUGGGGGCAACCUACACGGGCAUGGGGACCGAGUUCUUUCCCAAAAACCACAGCAAAGAGGACCUUCGCUUCGAAAACACACCAGAAAUCGCCAUCCGCUCGCUAAACACCAAAGACCUCAACCGGCUGUUCACAUACGACAUCAACCCCUCGGAAGAUAACGUCUUUAAAAUCAAACAAGAAGUUAAGCAGAAAAACAAGCUCAACUUUGUUCACGCUUUUAUUCUCAAGACGUAUUCAUACAUCGCUAUUAACAACGACGCCAAUAUAGGUCUCAAAGAAAGCCAGCCCAACAGCAUCCUGGCGCGCAUCUGCCUGGAUACGGAUGGUCCCCGCCGGUCCUCAUCCACGGAGAGCCGAAAACUCACCGAAUCGUAUAUUCAAAUGGGAAUUCAGUGUGGAUCCGAUGGGAAUAUAUAUAACCGACUCAUCUCCAUAUAUCCAGUGGACAUCAGCACUGACAGCUCAGAAACACCCGAACCUUACCUUUUUGGGGUGUUUGCAAGGGCGGGCAGGCAGUCGGCCGUAUGUGCGUUUCGGGUGUCGGAUGUGGAGGAGAUGAUCCGUCAGGGCCGCCGCAACUGCUCAAACGGUCCAAACAGCGAUGUGCAGGUUCUAGACAGCGUCAUCCAAGGCUCAGGGGCUGAGUGCGAGGCCAAAGGGACGAUCGUGCUUCAGCCGGAGCAGUUGAAUUGUGGUGCCGCUCACCUGCAGCAUCCUUUGGCGCUGAGAAAACCUCUGAGGGUCCGGCCCAUCUAUGAGGCUCCAGGGCUCAGCUCUGUCGCUGUAGACAGUGUCCAUAACCGCACCGUGGUGUUCCUGGGGAAAAGCAAUGGACGGCUAUGUAAGCUGUCUCUGCUGGCUAACCUCUCUGUUGCUAAUAUAUGGUCAUCCAAACUCUCUGCUAAUGAUCCAGUGCACCACAUCAUGACCUUUGACCCCAGCGACAGGAACUACAUGUACCUCAUGACAACACAUCAUCUCUUGCGGGUGAAGGUGGCCAGUUGUGCCCAGUACAGCUCCUGUAAUGAAUGCCUGAGUGUCAGCGAUGCCUACUGUGGUUGGUGUACUCUGGAGAGAAGGUGUUCGGUUCAGAAGGACUGCUCUAGCGGUACUCAGGACCGCUCAUGGAUCAGCACAGGAGAUGGUGUCAGACAAUGUCCUUUAAUGACCAUCACCCCCUCUGAAAUCAGCCGCUCCGCUAACAUCACGGAUGUCGGUAUUCUGAUAAACGGAAGUGUCCCAGAUCUGCAGGGUCUCAGGGUGGAAUGUGAUUAUGGGUUUGGCAUAGCUACAAAUGCAACUGUGCAUCUGGACUAUGGCACCACUCAAAUCCAGACUUGUCCUCUACCCCCUUCUGGCAUUUAUGGCACAAUUCCCUUUGGCAAAGAUCACAUCACUGUCCCUGUGGCAAUCAAGGUUAAUGGCGUUCCUGUCGUUUUUGGAAGCUUCAUCAUUUAUGAGUGUGAACGGACUGGUCAAAUUCACUUUAAAACUGCGUGCACAAGCUGUCUGAGCUCUGCGUGGCGUUGUUACUGGGAUCAGCGGCUCAAUUCAUGCGUUUCCAAUAAAAAUACUACACAAGAUAUUCUAGAGUAUUCCAUGAGCUGUCCCAGAAUGGUGGCCCAUAAAGUUCCUCCAUUGCCCACCGGAUCAACCCAAAUUUUCACAUUGGACAUCAAGAACAUAGAACAUGGCACUGAUUUGGAGUGUGACUUUGGCAAUGGGCAGCUGUACAGAGCUGACUGGCUUGAUGGGAGGUCGUCUUUGAACUGCAGUGGAGUGACACUGAAGACGACGCUGUUAAGUGAGACGUUUCAUCUAAACCUGCGGAGAAAAGGAACCGACAAAUAUAUAGACAGCCCACAGCCAAUGACAGUGGAGGUAUACAGCUGCAGUGCGGGGGACAGUGACUGCUCUCAGUGUUGGGGUCGUGAGAAACAGGGUCACCUAUGCGCCUGGUGUGAUUACAGCUGUCACCCACGAGACCACUGCCAAUUCACCCCAACGCACUGCCCAGACCCUCAGAUCCAGAAGAUUGAACCGAUCAGAGGGCCUUUGAUGGGCGGAACGCUGCUCACAAUACAGGGAAAAAAUCUUGGACACAGCGCUGAUCAUGUGAACGUGUCCAUCGGGCAUGUGCCCUGUAAAAUACUGCCUGAAUAUUACACUGUUUCAGUAAAGUUCAUUUGUGAGACUGCUGCAUCAUUGGAAAAGAUGAGGGAUUAUGUUACAGUGAGCAUAAACAGUAAUACAGAGGGCGUUUCGAGAGAAAUGUUCUCCUUUGUUGAGCCCAAACUACUAGACUUCACACCCAGGCAAGGUCCUCUUGCUGGCGGAACCAGACUCACUAUUCGCGGUGAAUUUUUGGAUGCUGGAUCCGUGAUUAAUGUCAAAGUCAACAGUACUCAGAACUGCAACAUUGUCAAGCAGUCCAGUGAUGUCAUCAAGUGCGUGAUGCCACCAGGGGUGUCCUCUGUCCCGGAGAGUGUAUCGGUGUGUGUGGUUUACGACGACGGGCAGUGUUACAGUGGUUCACCAAAUUUCACAUUUUGCUAUGAGAAAAACCCUACAAUCAGUUACAUAAAACCCAACAAAAGCUACCUCAGUGGCGGUCGCAAAAUCUCAGUCACUGGAGACAGCUUUCAUCUGGUACAAUCUGUCAUGAUGGAGGUGUCUGGAAUUGGACGGACGAAUUGCUCCUGCGUUUCGUCCACUUUAAUCGAGUGUGAGUCUCCUGCUGCCAGGGAAUCCCAGCAGGCCACAGCUCAUUUCUACUUUAAUGAGGUGCUCUACAGGGGAAACGGUGUGUCUUCAGCAAGCCAGAUGCUAGAGGAGGACGAGGUCCCUCAUACCGGUCACUUCCGCUUUGACUAUGUGGAAGACCCGCAGUUUUAUACAGCCAACAAAGAGAAGCACAUUAAACAUCACCCUGGAGAGCCACUUAUCCUUAUCAUUAAUAAAGCGCCGAGUGAGUUGGAUUUGACGCCGGAUGAAUACUCUGUGAUGAUUGGCGGGGACCUCUGUGACAUCACGUUCCAAAAUGACCAGCUCUUCCAUUGCACCAUCAAUAGAUCACUGAGUGCCAGCACUGGAGAUCUGCCCGUCACCGUGCGAGUGGGUCACUUUCAUAAGGUCAUAGCGAUGGUGCAGAUGGGUGGAGGCAGUGAACUGGCCAUUGUGAUCUCUAUCGUUGUGUGCUGUGUGCUGCUGCUGCUUUGCACCGUGGCGUUGGUGGUGUAUUGCACAAAGAGCCGCAGGGCGGAGAGGUAUUGGCAGAAGACUCUCUUACAGAUGGAGGAAAUGGAGUCACAGAUCAGAGAUGAAAUACGCAAAGGUUUUGCAGAACUACAGACUGACAUGACCGAUUUGACCAAAGAACUUAACCGCACACAGGGAAUCCCAUUCCUGGAGUACAAGCAGUUUGUGACACGCACUUUCUUUCCUAAGAUGUGUUCUGACUAUGAGAAACGUCUGGUUCAGCCUGUCUAUGAGAACAGUCCCCAUGGCCCUCGAGCUCUAUCUGAAACUCAUCCUCUGCUGCAGAACUGUAAGCCUUCUAACACCACACGGCCCAAUGUGGAUGAGGGAAUCACACUGUUUUCCACUCUUCUGAACAACAAACACUUUCUAGUCACCUUUGUUCAUGCACUUGAGCAGCAGAAAGACUUUGCAGUGCGAGACAGGUGCAAUAUUGCCUCUCUGCUUACGAUUGCCCUCCAUGGUAAACUUGAGUACUACACCAGCAUCAUGAAGGAGUUGUUGGUGGAUUUGAUCGAUGCAUCAGCCUCCAAAAACCCCAAACUGAUGCUCAGACGAACAGAGUCAGUGGUGGAGAAGAUGCUUACAAACUGGAUGUCCAUCUGCAUGUACAGCUACCUAAAGGAAACUGUAGGCGAACCGUUCUUCCUGCUGCUAUGCGCCAUCAGACAGCAAAUCAACAAGGGUUCGAUCGACGCCAUCACGGGGAAAGCACGGUACACGCUCAACGAGGAAUGGCUUCUGAGGGAAAACAUUGAGGCUAAACCACAGAACAUUAACGUGUCGUUCCAAGGUUUUGGAAUGGACUCUGUGAUAGUCCGUGUGAUGAACACAGACACCAUCUGUCAAUUGAAAGAAAAGAUACUCGAAGCAUUUUACAAGAACCUUCCCUUCUCCCAAUGGCCCAAAGAGGAAGAUGUUGAACUGGAAUGGUUUCCAAAGGGACAGAGAAGCAGAAUUUUACACAAUGUGGAUGACACAUCUAUCAUGGAAGACGGAAGAAAAAAACUCAAUACCACUUUUCACUAUCAGAUCCCAGAUGGGGCGUCACUGGCCAUGAGCAUGAAAGAUAAGAGAGAGAACACACUGGGCAGAGUAAAAGAUCUGGACACAGAGAAAUAUGUUCAUUUGGUGCUGCCACAUGAUGAACUGACUGAGAACAGGAAGUCCCACAGACAGAGCCACAGAAAGAAAGUGUUGCCUGAGAUCUACCUGACACGUUUGCUUUCUACCAAGGGAACACUUCAGAAGUUCUUAGAUGAUCUGUUUCAAGCCAUUCUGAGCAUUCCGCCUGAUAAACCACCAUUCGCUGUGAAAUACUUCUUUGACUUUCUAGAAGAACAGGCAGACCAUCGUGGGAUCACAGACCCCGACACGCUGCAUAUUUGGAAAACCAAUAGUUUGCCUCUCAGGUUCUGGGUGAACAUCCUGAAAAACCCUCAGUUUGUUUUUGACAUCGAUAAGACGGAUCACAUGGACGCCUGCUUGUCAGUUAUUGCUCAAGCUUUCAUUGAUGCAUGCUCACUCUCUGACCUACAGCUGGGCAAAGAUUCUCCCACCAAUAAGUUGCUGUAUGCCAAAGAGAUCCCAGAGUAUAAGAAGAGGGUUCAGAGUUAUUACAAACAGAUUCAGGAGAUGGCACCACUGAGCGAACAGGAAAUGAACGCUCACCUCGCUGAGGAAUCACGGAAAUACAGGAAUGAGUUCAACACCACCCUUGCCUUAACUGAAAUCUACACAUAUGCCAAGAAAUAUCGUCAUCAGGUGGUGAGUGCACUAGAAUCGAACCCGACAGCUCGACGCACUCAGCUGCAACACAAGUUCGAGCAGGUCAUCGCACUAGUGGAAGACAACAUCUAUGAGUGCAGCAGUGAGGCCUGAGCAGAACACAGAGUCCAGAGAUAUGAGCCAAUCAGAUGCCAGCUCAUGUUCACUUUCCUAAGACUGUUAAAAUGACAUACGUUCUCUGUUGAGGUUUGAUGACGGCUAACGAAUCUCUACCAAAUUAAUGUGAGUUUAGCAGGUAACAAGUGGAAAAGCCAUUGAUGAUAAUAUUCCACUGAUAUUUGCUAUGAUUGGCUCAUCUGAUUGAGCAUUUGUAAUGUGUGAAGCAAACCCGAUACAGGGUGUGUAAUGUUGACUAUUGAAUAUUGAACUAAGAGAUACUGUUGACUCGGGCCAUGAGGUCCCGUGGCUAUGUAACGCACUGACCCCACGCUCUGGGAGAGCCAACGAUGAUGCACUGGAUUAUAUAACACAUAGCAAUAUUUAUAACUGUGUGCCUGAUGAUUUUCGUGUGCGAUUGAUUUAAUGUGAAUAAGUUUCCUAAGCAGGAUGAUAUCAUGUUGGUGCAUAAAGCACCUAAACAAGUGUCACUUUGCUGUGGAGUAACAUUAUAUGCAUAUAAUAGGCUUGAAGGAGACCAUGUGGCAUACCUUUUUUAUUUAAAGUGUUUACGUUUUUUUAGAGUCUGUACCUACGAUAGGCUACAUAUUCUGUAUAUAUUCUUCUGGAAAAAUGUCCUUAAUUGCUUGGACACAGACGUUUUAUAAAAUAUGGCCAUGAUCGUGACUGAA